AUGGCCCCCUCCGACCCCGUUAAUCCCCCGGGUACCCCCGCCCCCUCCCUUCUCGAAGGCCGUCUCUGGGUCGACGGCUGCUUCGACUUCUUCCACCACGGCCACGCCGGCGCCGUCGUGCAGGCCCGCCAACUCGGCACCGAGCUGUACGUCGGCGUGCACUCGGACGAAGCCAUCCUCGAGAACAAGGGGCCCACAGUCAUGACGCUGCGCGAGCGUCUGCUCGCCACCGACGCCUGCCGGUGGGUGACCAAGUCGGUCGCCUAUGCGCCCUACGUCACGCAGCUGGACUGGAUCAGCCAUUUCGGGUGCAAGUACGUGGUGCACGGGGACGACAUCACGUCCGACAGCUCGGGCGAGGAUUGCUACCGGUUUGUGAAGGCGGCGAAUCGGUUCAAGGUGGUUAAGCGCACGCCGAGUAUCAGCACCACGGAUUUGGUGGGGAGGAUGCUGUUGUGUACGCGGACGCAUUUCAUCAAGGAUUUGGAAAAGAUGUUGGAGGGGGAGGAAGGGAAUGGCACGGCGGAGGAGGAGAAGAAGGUCGGGGAGGAGAUGAAGGAGAGGAUUAGGCUGUACGCGACGGACGAGACGGCCAAGAACCCUGGGGCGAAUGUGUGGUUUUGGAAGGGGGAGGAGAAGAAGAAGAAGGAUGAGGGCAAGGAGGAGAAGGGGGUGUUCAGGGAGUUGUUUGGGGGGAUUGGACCCAAGCCGGGGCAGAGGGUUGUUUAUGUGGAUGGAGGGUUUGAUUUGUUCUCGAGCGGACAUAUUGAGUUCCUGAGGCUGGUGACGCAGAAGGAGGAGGAGCUGGCGCGUCAGGAGGGGUGGUAUUCGCAGCAGGCGAUUGACGAGAGGAAAGGCAAGGGUGCGGAUUACGGUCCGGCAUUUGUGGUGGCUGGUGUUCAUGAUGACGAGGUCAUCAACCGCGAAAAGGGCGUGAACUAUCCCAUCAUGAACGUCUUUGAGCGUGGUCUCUGCGUUUUGCAGUGCAAGUACAUCAACGCCGUCGUUUUCGGCGCUCCCUUCAAACCAACCAAGGGCUAUCUCACUUCUCUUCCCUGGGGCACUCCUGAUGCGGUCUACCACGGCCCGACCUCGUUCAUGCCGCACACCGAAGACGUGUACGCGGUUCCCAAGGAGUUGGGCAUCUACAAGGAGAUUGGCCAACACGAGUACAAGGACGUGAAUGCCGGCACCAUCGUCCAGAGAAUCAUGAAGAGCAGAGAUCUUUAUGAGGCUCGCCAGAAGGCCAAGGGCAUGAAGGCCGACAUCGAGGCCGCCCACCGGGAGCGCGAGUUGCUGGAGGAGCAGCAGAGGCAGAAGGAGGAGGCCAUCGCCGCGCAAAAGGAGUAGAGAUGCCGUAUGCGGUAAAACAUACCAACAACACCAUCCAUCAUCGGCAUCUGGAGCAAGGGGAAAUCUCGACAGCGGACUUGGAUAGACCGAGUCACGGAGAUGUAAUACGAUAGACGGCUUUCAGUAAGCCAGGGAAUGCUUAUGAGACACGAGCAUCAUAAACGGUGUCAACGAGGAGUGGACGAAGCUAGACUAGUACUACGUAAUGAUGGGAAGAAGGCUUGAAUAAUAAUAAAAAAGCAAACGCUUGGAAAGUUCAUCAGAUCGUAUUCAAUAAGAGUCAUCAAGGGUGAUGCGCGAAGAUUUACCCCGGCACCACUUCAGAGCUUGACUCUAUUAUUGUGUUUC